GAUUCUCUGUAGCUGUUAUAAAGGUUCUUUCUUCUCUGAUUUUGAGUGAUCUCUGUUACUUCUUCGCUGUUCAUUUUCAUGGAUCUUUGUGUUUCAAUUUCUGAAUUCACUCUUUGGUUGCUUAAUAGAUAUCUAAUUGCGAUGGCUUUUUUGAGUAAAUUCGGGAACAUAUUGAAGCAGACCACAAACAAGCAACUCAAUGCUCAGGUUUCUUUAUCAAGCCCUUCGCUUUUUCAAGCGAUAAGGUGCAUGUCAUCUUCUAAGCUCUUCAUUGGAGGCAUGGCUUAUAGCAUGGAUGAAGAUAGCUUAAGAGAAGCUUUCACCAAAUACGGUGAAGUGGUUGAAACUAGGGUUAUUUUGGAUCGUGAAACGGGUAGGUCGAGGGGAUUUGGAUUUGUUACAUUCACCUCUUCAGAGGCGGCCUCUAGUGCUAUCCAGGCUUUGGAUGGUCGGGAUCUCCAUGGCCGGGUUGUUAAAGUAAAUUAUGCAAAUGAUAGAACAAGUGGUGGUGGUUUUGGAGGUGGUGGCUACGGAGGCGGUGGUGGCGGUUAUGGUGGUGGUGGCUAUGGAGGAGGUGCCGGUGGCUAUGGAGGUGGUGCUGUUGGCGGCUAUGGAGGUGGUGCUGCUGGCUACGGAGGUAAUGCUGGUGGUGGCUACGGUGGUGGUGCUGGUGGCUACGGAGGUAAUGCUGGUGGUGGCUAUGGGAGCAGUGGUGCUGGUGGCUAUGGAGGUGAUGCUACCGGUCACGGAGUUGGUGGUGGAUAUGGUGCAAGCGGUGGCUUUGGAUCUAGCGGCAACACUUAUGGUGAGGGUUCCAGUGCAAGUGCAAGUGCAGGUGCUGUUGGUGACUAUAAUGGAAGUAGUGGUUAUGGUAGUGCCAAUACUUAUGGUAGCAGCAAUGGUGGAUUCGCUGGAGAUAGCCAGUUUGGAGGAAGCCCUGUUGGCAACAGUUCUCAGUUCGGUGGUGACAGUACUCAGUUUGCUGCUGGUGGCCAAUCUGGCAGUGAGGAUCAAUUUGGAAGCAUGGAGAAAAGUGAGAAUGGACCAAUAGGUGGAGAUUUCGAAGAUGACACUGAUGUUGCCAAAAGAGCUUGAAUCAACUAGCAAAAGAAUAUUGUCAAGACUUUGUCUUUUCAUAUGAAAUCCUAUGAUUAGUAGUAGUAGCUAUUCUACAUUGCUUCCUGAAUUAAACACUUUAUCGAGAA